CCUCAAACUGACCAACAGUCCUCUGUGUCUCUGAAGGAAACUACUGUUGAUUCUUUCAGAAACACAGCAGUUGGACUGAGGUCACUCGUUUAAUUCAAUCAACUUUCUGAUUAGAAGCUGAAGACGACGACCACCAUGUUGUUGGCACAAGCUGGAUGUGUUUUCAUGGGCUUCAUCCUGUACAUUUCAGGGGUUCAGGGACAAACAAGCAGCAUCUGUGCAUUCAAAGGUUCAUCAGUGGAUCUGACCUGCUCACCUCAACAUCCCACUUCACCCAUGAAAUGGUACACUGUACACUGGAAUGGAUCUGCAUAUGUUCAGAAUGAACUGGCUGCAGAUGGAAAUCGUGUAACGUACAACAUGUCUGAAGAGAAUCACCCAACUCUAACAAUCAAAGAUGUGAGAGAAAGUGAUCAAAACAGUUAUUGCUGCGGAGAGAAAACCCAGCCAACCCGCUGCUGGUACGAUCAGAUUCAGCUUCGUGUUACAGAGCUGCAGGUGAAGGUGAUUCCCACCACAGAGGGACACACAGUAACACUGAUGUGUAGCACCAGCUGUCCUCUGAAUGAAAACCCUGCAGCCUACAUGUGGUACAAGAACAGAGAGUUUCUCUAUCAGGACUGGUCUCCCUGGUACCAACAGCUGGUCAGCAGUGAGGAAGCAGUCAGAUACUCCUGUGCUAUCAAAGGCUACGAGGAUCUCAGAGCCCCUGAAGUCUCAGUGGAUUCUGUCACAUCAAGCUGCUUUAAGGUGACCUAUGCUGGAGGCACAAUGUGUUCUUCUCAGCAGACAUCAGUGGAUGAGCCCUGCUCCAUCACAUAUCCAACAGACAUACAUGUUCAGAGGAGUCCUGCAGCCUUAUCAGACCACAUCAGACUGACCUGUAACACCAGCUGUCCUCUCACUGCCUUCAUAUGGUAUAAGAACAGACUCUUACAAAGACACUCUGAGAAAUCCCAAAUUUUGGUUCCCAGCUCCUCUGGUGACAGCUUCUCCUGUGCUGUUAAAGGCCACGAAGAUCUGCUCUCCACUGCAGUCUGUGUCGUGGACAACAACUGCUGGAGUGUGAAUUAUGUCAGCAGGAGAAUCUGCGCUCUGAGAGGCUCUUCAGUCAACAUUUCAAGUGAAUAUUCUCAUCCCAACCAGCAGCCACCAAAAUCUAAAUCCUGGUAUAAAGUAAAGAGAAGUGGGACAGAAGGAGAUGAAGAGCAGAUGAAGGCUGCAGGUCGAGUGAGUUACCACGACAACAUGAAGAACCUCCACAUCCUGACAAUCACUAACCUGACUGAGAAUGACUCAGCAGAAUACACAUUCAGACUCCAGAAAGAUGAGAGCGGAUGGACACAGUCUGAUUUUCCAGUGACUUUGGUUGUCACAGGUGUGAAAGUGGACUUCAGUCCUUCUGCAGUGGUGACAGAAGGUCAGAGAGUCACACUGACCUGCAGUACCACCAGCUGUCCUCUGACUGACGACACAAACUACAUCUGGUACCUGAACAGUCAACCUCUGACCCUGCCACAGGACCAAAGCAAACACCUGCUUCUAGACCCAGUCAGCAGGCAGCAUGCAGGAAACUACUCCUGUGCUGUCAAAACCCUCCAGAUCAUCAGCUCUCAUGAAAACACUCUCACUGUCCAAAGUGUAGCAGGAAACUGGACAGCAGCAGCUGCAGGAGUCGGUGCUGCUCUCCUGGUUUUAACAACCUCUGCUGUUUUCUGGUGGAUUUGGAGAAAGAGGACUUCAGCUCAGUUUCCUCAGCAUGAAUCAACAGACAACAUGGAGCAGAUAAACCCUGGUCCUUUGUAUGAAAACAUAUCAGCUCCACGAGCAGAGCCAGAGCAGCUUUACUAUGAGACAGUCCACUUUUCUAAGACCCAGACAGAUCGCUCCACUGUCCAACCACGUCAGCCCCAAGAACAGGAGCUCGUAACUUAUGCCGUGGUCAACUUUGGAUCCAGCAGGACCCCUGAGCUAAUGUGGACCAGGAGUCCCCAAAAAUCCCUGAGCCUCACAAGCAAGUGUUUGUGUAGAAACAGUAAUGCCUCAUAUCAGCUGUGUGCUAAAAAGACAAAUGUGUAAAUCAUUGCCUGAGUCAAACCGUCAUUGUGUUGUGAGUGACACAAUAAAGCUGGUCUUUACACAACAAAAGUGUCUGGAGUUCUGACCUCUUCAGACUUUCUUCUCUUCUCAAACAGAGUCUGAUUUGCAGUGCCGGUUGUUUGACAAUGAAGAUGACAACUCCUAUGCUGCAUACGUCUUUUGACGUGUUGUUAUUACUGACAGACUUCAUUGUAGCGGAAGCCACACACUGUGUUUUCAAACUACAAAAUACAAAUUGGUUGCUGAUUUCAUUUUAGUGUCAAGUCCAGCAAGUCCAGCUGUGUUUUUAUUUACUUCCCUGCUGCAUUUUAAAUGUGAUUAGACAGGUGUGACAAGGAGACACGUCCCAUAUGGCUCAUAUUCCCAUAGAAAUCAUCUGUCCCUGUCCUUUCACACUAUUUUGCAUGACUGGAGCCUGUCCCAGCUGAAAACAGGCAAGAGGCGGGGUACAUCCUGGACACACGCUCACACCGAGGGGCGCUUCGUCACAGUGAAUGUGUGGAGUGGUUUCUUUUAAAGAUGUCUAAAUUUGGUAAGGUCUUGACGUCCGAGGGUCACCGGUUCGAAUCCCCCACCAGACAGGCAGGAAAAAUUUGGGUGUGGUGGAGUGAUUGAU